AUGACAUGCACGCAUACACCUAUGCACUCUGUCGUCUCGGGCACACGCUCAGACUUACGGAAGAAGAUACUUCGAUCUGGUGACAAGAUCACCCUGAAUGACAUAGUGUCAGAAGCUAACGCGCUGGAAGCAAUACAUCGGCAACUCGAAGGAUUCGAUCGCAAAGGACAUAACCACACAACUCAAGCAGUUAAUGCUAUGGAAACAAGAAAGACAGAAAAUGAGACGCAGAAGAAGAAAGAAUGUUUUAGAUGUGGUAGCUGGAGUCACCUUGCCUACGAUGACAGAUGCCCGGCAAAAGGAAAGAAAUGUCUGCAAUGCGGGAAGAUAGGGCACUUUAAGGCACAUUGUAAAACCAACCCAUUGAAGAGGAAAUUCGAAGAAAAGACAAAACAAGAUAAAAGCAGGCAAGAUGCAAAGAAAUUUAAAAGAUCUGAUAAAGAAGUAAGAAAUAUAGAAGAAUACGAAGGAAAACAUUCGGGGGAUGACACUGUCGAUUACGUGUUUAACAUUGACGAUGAUGCAGUAGUUACCUGUAAAGUAGGCGGAGCAAAAGUAAACAUGUUGAUUGAUUCUGGAUGCAAACACAACCUAAUUACGGAUAAGACAUGGACAGAAUUGAAGAAAAAGAAAGUUAAGGUUACAGACCAGAUACCAAGGCCCGAAAAGACUUUUUUAGCAUAUGGGAGUAAGACUCCACUGAAGUUAUUGGGGUCUUUUCGGUCUGAAAUUGAAAUAGCAAACAAAAGCAAGAACACCAUCUUCUACGUGGUAGAUGGAGGAACCCGCGAUCUUUUAGGAAAGCAAACAGCCAUUGAAUUAGGGGUGCUGAAAAUUGGACUACAAGUCAACCAAAUAGGAGAGCAGAGUUUCCCAAAAUUUAAAGAUGUGCUGGUGCAAAUUCCAAUAGACAAGCAAGUGACUCCGAUUGCACAGCCUCAUAGAAGAAUCCCUAUUCCCCUAGAAGAGAAAGUGAAUGCAAAGAUAGAAGAACUUCUUAAAAAAGAUAUUAUAGAGAAAGUCGAUGGGCCUUCGAGUUGGAUAUCUCCUAUUGUCCCAAUACUAAAAGAGAGUGGAGAUAUUCGCCUUUGUGUAGAUAUGCGACGCGCGAAUUCAGCGAUAUUGCGGGAAAAUCAUCCUCUCCCUACGAUGGACUGUUUAUUACCAAAGGUACAUAAGGCAAAAGUAUUUAGCAAACUGGACAUACAAGACGCAUUCCAUCAGGUUGAAAUACACCCAAAUUCGAGACAUAUAACCACAUUCAUUUCGAGCAAGGGCCUUUACCGUUACAAGAGGCUAAUGUUUGGUAUCACUUGUGCACCUGAAAUAUUCCAAAAAACGCUGGAACGAGUACUAAUAGAGUGCGAAGGAGUGAUAAAUUUCAUAGAUGAUAUUUUAAUCUAUGGAGAGACACGAGAUCAACAUGAUCAGAGACUGAAAAAAGUGAUGGAUGCUUUAGACAAGAACAAUGUUGCGCUGCGAAAAGAAAAGUGUAUCUUUAAUACGGAUAAAGUUCACUUUUUAGGUCAUGAGCUUACUGAACAAGGUGUUCGACCUCUGGAUAAAUAUCUGGAUACAAUCAAAGAGUUUAGAGCUCCGGAAACAAUAUCCGAAUUACAGAGUUUUCUCGGACUCAUCAACUAUGUUGGGAAGUGGAUUCCAAAUCUCGCUACAACAACAGAACCGUUAAAAGAACUGUUGCGGCAAAAAUCGGGAAGAAAUACAAAUAUUAGCGAGUUAUGGGGACACAGUCAGCAAACAGCUUUUAAUACUUUAAAAGCUGCGCUUGGUGACAUACCUAACCUGGGAUAUUACAGCGUUACGGAUAAGACUCUAGUAUUUGCAGAUGCUAGCCCUGUUGGUUUAGGCGCGGUGCUCGUACAACUUAAUAAAGAUGGCCCGCGCAUUAUUGCCUAUGGAAACAAAACUCUAACGGAUUGCGAAAGGAGAUAUUGUCAAACAGAGAAAGAAGCUCUGGCGUUAGUAUGGGCGGUUGAACAUUUUCACAUGUUUCUGUAUGGAAAGACGUUUGAUCUGAUCACCGACCACAAACCCUUGGAGGUCAUAUUUGGACCCAAGUCAAAACCAUGUGCAAGGAUCGAACGUUGGAUAUUAAGACUGCAAUCGUACAAAUACAGGGUGGUUUACCGCCCGGGAAAGAACAAUAUAGCUGAUCCGCUAUCACGGCUCUGCAAAGUACAUAAGACAUCAAAUGAUAGUGACUAUGUGCAAAGAAUAGUAGAAGAACUAAGACCGGUAGCGGUUUCACUUAGCGAAAUCGAAGAAUACUCAAGACUUGACGAAGAGAUACAGAAGGUAAAAAAAGGAAUUUUCAAUAACGAUUGGGAUGAAACAGUGAGAAACUACAAAAUAUUUGAAAAUGAACUUUGCUUUUGUGGGGACAUACUUCUUCGAGGUACCAAAAUGGUAAUUCCCAAACAAUUGCGGGAACGUGUACUGACUGCUGCUCACGAAGGCCAUCCGGGAAUUGUGGCUAUGAAGCUCAGACUUAGAACCAAAGUGUGGUGGCCUAGGUACGACAAAGAUGCAGAGAAGAUGGUCAAAUGCUGCAGAGGGUGCACACUUGUAUCUGCACCAAACCCACCUAACCCUCUUAAGAGAAGGGAGUUACCAAGUCAUCCUUGGGUAGAUAUUGCCAUAGAUUUACUAGGCCCUCUACCUUCUGGGGAUCACCUAUUGGUAGUCAUCGACUAUUACUCACGCUAUAAAGAAAUAAAAAUCUGUCGGGAUAUUAGUAGCAAAGAGAUGAUCAGACUACUCAAAGAGAUCUUCAGCCGCCUAGGUUGCCCCGUUUCAAUGAUCUCAGAUAAUGGCAGACAAUUCGUCAGUGAAGAGUUUAACUCUUUCUGCAAAGGGAACAACAUCAAAUUGCUACAUUCUGUCCCGUACAUGCCUCAGCAAAAUGGUGAAGUUGAAAGGCAGAACAGAGACAUACUAAAAAGACUAAGGAUAUGUCAAGCCGAAGGAAACAAAAACUGGAAGGAAGCACUGCUGGAUUACCUCAGUAUGUACAAUAGUACUCCACAUAGCGUUACAGGGCAAGCACCGGCAGAAAUGUUCUUCCGAAGAAAAUUCAGGGACAAAAUUCCUAUGAUAGAAGAUGUUCAUCAUAGAGUAGAGGACAUGGACAUAAGAGAUAAAGAUAAAGAACAGAAAGAUAAAGGCAAAGAAUAUGCAGACAGAAAAAGAAAAGCACAUGACAGUGACCUAAGUCCAGGCGAUAAAGUCUAUGUAAGAAAUAUGAACAAAACAAAUAAACUAAGUUCCAAUUUUGAAGCCACAUCACACACGGUUACUAAUCGUGUUGGUGGAGAUGUUGAAUUACAAAAUGAUGAGACCGGUCAUCAACUCAGACGUAACGUGAUACAUUUAAAAAGAGUCGAAGGCAAUUGGGAAGUUUUGCAAGAUGCAGGUCGUGAAACAGGCACUGAAGGUGAACCUAGCGUAGAAAACCAUGAUUAUGAAGAUUAA